AGUCGAAUUCAAGCUCGUUUGUCUUGUCGCGCUUAGGCCACUUUAUUUAGGUUCGUGUAGCCAUUCAGAAGGAUUCAUCACACAGUGUUUUUUUGAACGAGCCCUAAUAUUAUUGUCUUCACGUUGAAAUCUUAAGAGCGGAGCACGUCUCUGAAUAUGUAACCGGAACAAGAAGUCACCUACUAGCACCACGACUCUUUUGACCAACAUAGAAGAACCAUGGCGGAGCAGGCGAGUCCGACUCCUGUCGUUCCGCUCGCGACCGCGAACGCAACAACCUCCUCCGUAUCGGGGCUUUCUUGGCUUCUGGGCGUUGCGCUACUGAACGUUUCCUCCUUCACGUGUACAUUGGGCCUGGUUGUGCAGAAAUGGUCAACGUUGCAAAAAGACUGGAGCAAGCUCGUCUGGAUCCUCGGGUUCGCAGUUUUUAUGCUCGGAAACAUCGUCAACGCCGCGGCGCUCACGUUGGCUCCGCAGUCUUUGCUAUCGUGCCUGGCGCCGACCACGCUGGUCUACAACUCGAUUUUGUCUCCCUGCAUCCUGGGCGAGAAAUUAUGCAUUGCAAAAGUAUCGUACUAGUAUAAAUCGCAAUACAAAUUUUUUCAAGAAGAAAAAUGGAAUUUGUAAUGCUGUUUUACCUUAGGAAGGACAUUUGUCAUGCAUAUUUGCAAUUAGUACGAGUACGAUACUUUUGCACAGGAUAGAAAUUCACCAAGUACCAUUCCGCCUCGAUCGUGUGCAUCUUCGUGGGCUGUUUCAUAACGGUGAACUUCGGUCUCCAUCCCCCCUCAAACGCACAGACGAAACUAACCGUGGAGCAAGUGUGGUAUUUCGCGACCCGACCUCUGUUCCUGGUCCUGAUCUCGCUCAGCGGCAUUGUCGCACUCAGCAUCUCGGGGCCCAUCGUCGCGUGGCGGAAGAGCGGUUUACCAAUCUGGGCGUUGAGGGAGAAGGUGUCGGCUUUGCAGCUGAUGUGCCUUUCCUGCAUCUUCGGGGCGAUUUCGAUUACGAACACGAAGAUCACGUCGACGCUUUUUGCGAACAAGUACGUGGAAAACGAAAACACAGCAGCGAGUACAAGUCUGCCAUAUUGGAUUCUGACUACAGAAACCGGCAGAGUGUGCCUGUUGCUUGCGACCUUCGGAAUUUUCGCCGUCGCAUUUUUCUCCAUCGGACUCCUAAAUGUCACACUCACGCUCUACAGCUCCCUGACCACAGUAUUAAUAUUUAGUCUUAGUGAUUUUUAUGAUUUGCUAGGUAAUAAACCAGCCAAACCCCGGCGAAAGCCGCCGGGGUCGGGGCUGUACGUUAGAGGGGACCCAGGGGAGAGGUGAUUCCAAGGUAGAGGGGGGUGGGGCAGGGGAAAUCGAGCGCAGACAAACCGAUAACGCAGCGACGGUGCGGAACGUGGAACGACGUUGAACAGAGCGGUCCGGAGCGAAGAGCCUCGUAGUGACGGAGACGGAGACGCGCGGAGAAGCGGCUUCAUUCACGAUCAAAUAUUUUUCACAAUACCGCUUUCAUUCAUCAAUCAUUCACAAUACCGCUUUCAUUCGAUCAAAUAUUCAUUCACAAUCACGAUCAAAUAUUUUUCAUUCACGACCGGUUUGGCAAAAAUGCGCCACAAAUACCGCCCUCUUGGGGUGGGCGGGGCUGCUAGAUGUUUGCGAUGGUGUUUGGCUGGCGCCAAUCACCGUCACAAAAUGGAGCGCGUCCACUUUCAGGGGACCUCCGCUAUCAGGGGUCCCCCGCUUUUCGGGGUCUCUGCGCCGAGCCAUGGGCCCCCGCGCCUGGGGGUCGGUCGUAGCGCUAUCAAGGCUCGGCGCCUUUAGGGGACCCCCCCCUAGCUGGGGCACGUUCGCACUCGAAGGGCCACCGCUUUCAGGGGUCCUCCGCUUUCAGAGGUCCCCGUUCUGGGGGUUGAGCUUCCGCGCUCGGCGGUUCCGGUGCCUUUUCCGGGCGACGCGCUUGCCGGGGGGGGAGAGGAGGAGUUCGCGCGCGAGCGCUGCGCCCCCGAGGCGGUUGCACCGCUGCGGGGGCAUUUCUUUCAGGGGCCCGGCUUUCGGGUUCCGCGGCAGAGGGCCGCUCUUCUGUGCUUUCCGUGUGAUUUUUAUGAUUUGCUAUGUAAUUUAGUCUUAGUGAUUUUUAUGAUGUGUAUAUUUAGUCUUAGUGAUUUUUAUGAUUUGCUAUGUCUGGCAUUGUUAAGCUUGCUGAUUUGUUUCAAGUUAUGAAGUCAUGCAUUACUAAUAAUUAUGUGAACGUGUGUGGAAAUGUACUUCUUCAAAAAGUAGGCAUACCCAUGGGCUUGUCAAGCGCGAACUGUAUCAUAGAUACAGUUCUUUGCUCGCUUGAAAGCCGAUAUUUAGAAAAAAUUUCAUAUGCAGAACGCCUCAAUUUCCGGGGAACAUGCAGAUAUGUCGACGACAUCAUAUCAGAAAACACAAAUUUUGUACGGUGUUGGCAUGACAUAUACGAUUCGACGGGUUUAACCCUCGAAACGGAAAGUUUAGGUAAAACGGCGGUAUUUUUAGAUUUAGAAUUAACAAUAGUAAAAGAAGUUGUGCACUAUAAAACCUUCUCUAAAAACUCCUUAUUUUCCUUCGCUGUUAAGCGGUACGUUACUGGUCGUUCUUGUAUUAGUAAAUCUACAAUUUUUUCCAGUUUUUGUGGUAGUUUUCUUCGCUUUUAUACCAAUAACAACCUAUUUUUGUAUUUUUUACGUGAAGUAACAGAGCUUAUUCUUCGAAUGAAGCCCUUACUUGGCUUCAAAAUCAUUAGGAAAACAAUUGAAAUUCUCAUCACCAGACAUGUAGAAAAUAAGUGGUUAGACAGCGUUUCACUGCGUCGCAUUUUGCUUACUUUCUGCAUGAAGGUCCUAGAAUACAAGUUUCAAUAUAUCACAAAAUAGCUACCUAUACAUAUCUCCCCAACCCCCCCCCCGCUACGACAUGUGCGAAAUGUGUCAUACUUGCAUCUCCCUCGUUUGUGUCAUGCGCUACCUUCUGUUCUGUCAUGCAGGCCCACAAUAUGUGGUUGUUUUUACCAUUACACAUUUCCACGCCUUCUUAGAAGUCACAAAAUAUGUUCCGACAUAUUUUACUUCUCAAAAAAGGUUGUCGUGCAUGGACGGGUUUUACAAAAUGCAUAACUUUCAUACUGGGUGAGGUUAUAAACUCCAAAAAUUAUUAACAAAGUCAUGAACUAAAUAUUUUGUGUUUUUUUGAUGCUAAAUUAUUGUAAUCUGCGUGCUUUUACCUAUUUGUAGUUACCAUGACAAGGUGAAUUUGCCCUUCGACAGGAGUCGACCGUGAGUUGUUCUUCCUUCGCCUCGACGUUCUGAGCGCUCUGAUAUCGUUCGUAUAUCUUUUUGUAGUUUCUUUAUGUGCUGAUGCUUUUAGGACGGUAUGCGAUGAUUUCAAUGUUGUCUCUCCUUUUCUCCUUCGGUUUUGUUUAUUGUCGUUCUUAUUUUUAUCGAUUUUUGCUCUCUUUUGUGGCUUUGCAUUUAGGACGGUGUGCGACGUUUUCGAUGAGAGAUACUCUUUUCUACUUCGGUUUUGUGUAUUAUUCGUACUCGUUUUGUAUUUACGUAUAUCGGUCUCUCGGUUUCGCCUGCACGUUCCCUCGAAUUUUUAUUUCCAUGUUCCUCGAUUUGCUCGUUCUUCGAUCUCUCGGCUCUCGAUCUCGAUCUCUCGAUCUCGACACUCGAUCUCGAUCUCUCGCUCUCGAUCUUUCUGUCUGGUGCUGUUUUCGGUUUACUAGGAUCUAAAUUAUCUACGAUCCUUACGAUCACCAACACGUUAGAUCUGUGAGUUCCUUGCUGGUGAACCGGUACCCUUGUCCUCUUGGAACACGAUGCCACAUUUCUAAGCGAGCACUCCCAUCCUGUCCUCACUAGGUCUACUUCAUCGGGUAGAGAGGCACUCGAUGGUGAGACGGCAAGGGCCGAAGUGUUGUUCUUAGUUGCGCGCAUAGCUAGUUAUCUACGAGCGAAUCAAAAUUCAAAAAAUCAAAACCAACAGGUAAAGUACCUCCAAAAAUAAAAAACAAAAAUAGCUUAAAUAGUUCGCAUGCGUGACAUUCUUGUAUCAUUCCCAAAACUUCUCAAAUCUUGACAUUUAGUCUUAGUGAUUUUUAUGAUUUGCUAUGUAAUAAAUAGGUAGUUAGCUUGGGCUGGCGUACAUCUAUAUGCGCCUCUUCCAUCCUUUUGGGCUUCAGUCUGGGCCGGGUUGCCACGUCUUCAGGGCGUCGCGGUAUGUUUUCUACACUGGGAAAUGACCUGGCACACUCGGGGCCGGCGGCCUCUCUUCCCUGGGAGAUUGAUGUUGGUAUGCGCACUCCCCGACAAGUAGUUUUGCGGAGACCCCCCGCAUCCGCGCGGAGGAUCUCGGAUAAUAUUCUCCAAAGACUGUAGCUGUUCCGUCUCUUCGUCUUCUUGAAAGUGCUUCUAUUGGCGCGCCGGUAAUGUUGGGGGCAUUGCUUAUGUGCCCAGAGGUCUUGUCUAUUUUGCAAGGUGACAUCUUGUGGCCGGGGUCGCCACUGUUCGGCAGCGUCGCUUGGCGCCUUAUUUCCGUGCUCUAUGGUCGAUAUCGAUAUACCUUCUGUCCUCGAUCCCGCCUUGCUUUGGGAACAGGGGUCGUUUGGCACUGGCGGUACCCAAUCCGUUACCCUUGCGAACUUGUUCCCAUGCUUCGGCUGGGGUUCUUGGUGUCCAAUUUGUUCGCCCUCUGUUCCCUUAGCAGGGCGGGGCCGAGGAUCCUCCAAGUCAAUUACAAUUUGUGGCGCUACAUAUUUAUUGCUUCUUGUGGGACGAUGGCGCUUCGGGAUGGUUGUGGUUCUCUGGUGGUGGAUUCGUCUUUAACAGGAUGUCUCUAUGGGCACGGUGUGCCCUCGUUGGCGCGCCGAUACAAUCAUAGGCGCACGGAUUCCUUCCGGCGGUAAGGGGCUCGCGCGCGAGCCUGUAUGCCUUGGGGGCUACGAUAGCGUUAUCGUUCGCCGCGCGCUCCUUGGGAGGACCUUUUGUCGCUAGCCGCGGCAGGCAUUGUUAGGUCUAGUGCCUCUAGUGACACUUUGGUGCACGCGGAGGCGGAAGGGGGGCCGCAAAGGGGCGGCUGUUCGUGCUCGGUCUUCUGUUGUUUGUCAGUAUCACGAAGACCGGCGCACGCGCCGGGGCGUUUUGUGCUCACUCAGGGCAGCUACGUUUCAAGUCUUGCGGGCUUUGAGGCUUUGCUGAGUUUACUCUGGCGGAAUUGGUGUCGUCACUGUAUUGCCGGAUCCAGAUGUGGUCACGUUUUUCGCGGUUACAUGGAGCGCGCCUUCCGUUCGGGCUAUAGCUGCGGAGUAGGGGCUCUGGGGCAAGUGGGGCUGGGCUGGCGCUUCUCCCCCCAUAUAACCACCUGCGGUGGGGUUCUGGGGGGUCUUGCCUGUUGGCCAGGUGGUGGUGGAGUGGGUCGUUCCCUGCUGCGGGAGCGAGGGUUCGACCCGCUCGACCCAGCCCCAAGGGCGCCGUCCAACGGGUUGCUCGGGUUGGUUGGACGCAUAGGAUAACAGAUGGAAGGAACGCAACGAAAUAGUCUUAGUGAAGAUUUUUAUGAUUUGCUAUGUAAUAAAUAUGUUCAUCAUGGCUGUAGCUUGAAGUUGAAUGCGAAUCAGGAUUCUGUGCUCUUCCGACUUUUUUUUGUCUACUAUCUUCACAUUAACUUAAGCGAAACACAGCAAAAAAACACUGACAGCCAACACACUUUAUAACAGGUGACACUCGACUGUGUUUUAGGCCUCGCGAUGCAGUCGCUCUACGGUGCUGUGUUUUUCGAGGAGUACAAACUUUACUCCAGAGCAGCCUUUUUUGGGACCGUCUGCGGCGUCAGCUGUUCCUUUGUCGGUUUGGCGUGUCUGCACCUGGCCGGAAAGGAGGAGGAAAGAAUGAUGGUGAACAUUCCAACCGCUUUCGGAGUCGACGACAUAGACAGGCAUCGAGUUGGGACGAAGGAUCACUGCAGCCCGUCGCUACUCAACCACCAGAAGUUCGGGCCAAACGCGCACCUGCUCGAGCGGAGCGUCAAAAAGCUCCGAGGAAUUUCCGAAGAAAGGAUAUUGGUGCCCGCUUCGCCGAUUCCCAACGUCACUGAUCAGGACGGCGUCGAGCCUUGUAGUGGUUUAACCCCCGCUUCAGCGACCUACAACACGUUCCAUGAGCCCGUGCGAGGAAUUGCGCCGGUUGGGGCAAAGACAGCCAACGUAGCACCUUCAUCAAAACAAAAUCAAUAUCAAAAACUUUCAAGAAGCGGUUCCAGUACCAGUUCUGCUAGUCACUCUACCACUGCUAGUACAGUCAGGUCGGCCAGUAGUUCGAGUUGUGAUUCCUGAGUUCUUGUAGUACUAAGAGGGCAUCCGCAUCAAAACUUAAACUCGAUCUCCUGCUUUCAGACUCUCUGGCUGACGCAGGAGCAGGACCAGAUCAUUUUCAUGCGGAUGAACCGUACCCGUAGUGGUAUCGUUGCAUAAUUGAUCCUGAAGGACCACACUAAGUAAGAUCUAGACCAAUUGGCGCGAUGGCUGUUCCUUUCCCAUUCCAAGGCUGUUAGUGCCCAAUUUGGAUCUGCAAGUUGUACGUAGUAAGUAAGGUCGGCGGCAGUACAACGUACAGAUGAAGAUGAACUGCAUAGCAACGGAGAUCUUGUAUAGCUGAGACAAUCAGACAUGUAAUGAAAGUGCUACCCAGCAAUCAAAA